GAUUGUCACAAAAUACUGACGGGUCAAAUGGUCACCAUGCUGGCUUACAAAACCAUGAUGAUAUCACACAGGUCAAUACGAAUUUGCUACGAUAUUUCCCGUCAGUUCAACAAGUUAAUCAGAGAUAGACACAUAACAACAUCAUGUUCAUCGCUGUAUCGGUGCAAAAGGGAGUACAGUACCGCGGCGGAACAACUACAAGAACCUCAAAUUCAUGGCACGGAGAAAGAGUUCUCGCCAAAAAUUGAGAAAAUAGUGGAUGAAAUAAGUCAGUUAACUUUACUAGAAGUUUGUGAUUUAAAUGAACUUUUGAAAACGAGACUAAAGAUUAAAGAUGGACCGGUGAUGGCCAUGGCGGGGCCAGCUGCAGCAGCAGCCCCUAAAGAUGAAGAAGACGAAGAUGUGGCUCCACAGAGAGAGAAAACUGCUUUCACUGUGAAACUUGUGAAAUUCGACAGCACUAAGAAAAUCACACUCAUUAAGGAACUCAAAAAUAUUAUUCCUGACAUUAAUCUUGUGCAAGCUAAGAAGUUUGUAGAGGCUGUUCCGCAGAUCGUGAAGGCAGAUAUCAUGAAGGAAGAGGCUGAAAAACUACAAGCAGCCAUAGAGGCUGUGGGUGGUGUUGUUGAACUAGAAUAGGGAAGUGUUUAACAUUAAGUAAAUCUGCUUUAGAGUAGGAAUUGUUGUGUGUAUCUAAUUUAUGUAGAAAGACUUAUGGCCAUGUGCAACAUGAGAAAGAUACAUACAGCAUUGUUGUGUUAUUUGUACAGUACAUGACCAUCUAAUUAAUAAAUGAAAUAUAUGAACAAAUAUCUCCUCUAAA